AUGAGAAAUUCCCUACUGGUAGUAAACAUGGCGCGCCUGCUUACUGCUCUCGCUCUCCUGCUUGCCGUCACCAUCACUCUCGCAUCAUUCGCCUCUACUGCCGCUGCUCGAUCUGUUCGGCUUCCUGGCAAUGGGAUGACUGCCGAUGGUGCGUCGGGAGCGGUAGACACCGCCGGCGGCGCCAUCACGGCGGAGAGCGCGCCGAGUUUUGCUCAGCGCAGCGCGGGGGACGAGCAGAGCCGCCGCAAACUCCAGACGAGUAGAUCGGAUUGCGAUGACGCGAUCAGACUGAAUUGCGACGAGAAUCAGUUUCUUUUCUUUAAAUGGGCAAAGAGCGCAAAGGCUAAGAAGGAAUGCGAGAAUCACCGUGCGGAAAUACUUGCAGGUUGCAAGAAAUGGGGCUACUG